UCGUGCAUGAUAUGUGCCAUUUGCAUUAAUUACCGGAAUUCAUAAGCACAAAAUUCAAGGGUAGGGAGAAAGAUUAACAGCAUACUGCAAGAUGUGGGUGGUCGACAUGGAGAGGAAGAUCAAGGACUCGGAGCCAUCGGCGAAGACGGCGAAAUGGCGGAAGCACAGCAUCUUCUGCGUGCCGCCGCGUUUCAAGAUGGUCCAUGGCAGGGCCAGUGGCGGGGAGACAAGUGUGUUCAUGCCGCAGACGGUGGCUCUGGGCCCGUUCCACCACGGCAACGAAGGCUUGAAACCCAUGGAGGAACACAAGAUGAGGGCCGUCCGGCACCUGCUCCACCGGGCUGACAAGACGAUCGGCGAGCUCGUCGAGUCCGUCGAAGUCGUGGCCGACGAGCUGGAGGACGCGUACAUGGACCUCGGCGACGAGUGGCGCGGCGAGAACAGGGGAAAGUUCCUGGAGAUGAUGAUCGCCGACGGCUGUUUCCUGCUGGAAGUGAUGAGGAAGGGUGACCGCAACGACUAUCUAGACAGCGACCCCGUUUUCAGCAAGAACGGGAUGCAGCACAUUAGGCCGUUCGUCCAGCGCGACAUGCUCAUGCUGGAGAAUCAGCUCCCGCUGAAGGUGCUUCAGAGGAUCGUCGCUAUGGAGACUGGCAAACCUCCGAACGACGGAGAUGUUGACAUCAACAAAAUGGUACUGACAUUCCUGUGCCCAAAUUGGGAUCCCCUUGUGCCGUGCGAUGGCCUGGGACUCCAUCCCCUCGACCUCUUCCGGAGGAGCCUACUGAAGUGUUCUGCCGCCCCAGUUCACCGCGGGGCUCCAGGCACCGCGCGUCCGGAACCGGAACGGGUGGAACGCGACGUCCCCCGCUCCGCACAGAAGCUCGCCGACGCCGGCAUCCGGUUCAGGACCAACAGCGAGAAAUUCCAGUUGAACGACAUCGAUUUCCACAGGAUGACGCGCAGGCUCAUGAUGCCCCGGGUCUUCCUCGACGACGCCACCCCGUACAAGUUCCACAACGUGAUGGCGUUCGAAGCGCUGCACGUCCGCACCAGCAACGACGUGACGGCAUACGUGACGGCAUUCGUGCUCUUCAUGAAGGACAUCAUCGACUCGGCCGAGGACGUGGCCCUGCUGAGGAGGAAAGGGAUCGUCGUCCAUGACCUCGCCGACAACGACGAAGCCGUGGUGAAGAUGUUCAACACGCUCACGAGGGACGUGUGCAAGUACGGGCAGAGCCGGCUGUGCGGCGUCCGCGAGGAGAUGGAGGACUACUACAAGAGGAGCGUCAUGAAAUGGCUGGUGCUCGAGCCGUGGGCUUUCCUCAAGAACAAGUACUUCAGGAGCCCGUGGACGUUCAUAGCGCUUGUCGCGGCCAUCUGCUUGGUCGCAACCGACAUCAUGCAGACUUUCUAUGCCGUCAUGAGCUACGAAGUUGCCAAACAAUCUCUACAAGCACAAUUAAAGGAUACAAAGCACUGAAGAUGCAUGAAGAGCAGCGUGAGUAUGGCAGCCGGUUGUGUAAGUGAAGCUUGAGAUCGUAAACUCUUCUACAAUAUGCAUGUGUGUCUUAAUCUGCUCCUGUGUGUGCGUUUGUGUUGCUGCUGCUGUUUUUUGUGCCCGAGAGGAAGAAAGUUUUACGAAAUAACGGAUAACUAAUACUGUGAAAUACGCAUUUACACAACUAGAUUUGUUACUUACCGUUAUAUAUUUUAAUUUUUUAUUUCGGUUU